GUUGCAACGAUUAAAUUCUCGUAUAAAGUACACGAUUUACCAUGAUCAUAAAAUGAUAUAUAAUAACUAUAUUCCAUUAGACAGCGAUUAUAAAUCAUGUCAUGUGGUUGCUAAGGCAUUGACAAACGUGAUCAAGCAGAGCUCAAACGUUCGGUUUAAAGAAAAUUGUUUUUCUAUGUUAGAAGUGGACAAUUCGCAUCAAGUAGAGGUUACGCUCAUGAGUAAACUGUUACCGUUAAUACACGACAAUUAUACUUUCAAUAGUAAUAAUAAUUAAUAAGGUGAUACAUUAUGAAAUGAAUAGAAAGCGAUAUUAUCGAAUUACUGUACUGACGUAACACGUUUUUAUAUUGGUACGAUAACAGUCGCUCUUUGAACGGCUAAAUUUAAAGUAAACAUAGUUUUUUUGCUAAACGUGAUAGAUCUUUUUUUCUCGACAUCGAGCAGAUUAAACCUUCCCUGUUGUAUAGAUCUCGCGCAGCGUGCUCUUUUCGAUCGGUUUUUCUAAAUACGAAAUUACGCUUAUUUAGAAUUCAAUUAUUCCCGCCAUAGUUCACGUAACCGGCAGAAUCCUGCGCAAGUGUAGUUGCGCAUAACAAGCGUAGUAUUCAUUCUUUCCCCCAGUCAAGACGCGAGGGUCAGGUUAGGCAGGUCGGGCUGACAGCACAGAGUGGAAACAUCGUUUUGUUAUAGUUCGUAAAUGAAGGCUAACUUUGUCGCGAAGUUUGUGAAAACUGUGAACGAGAGAGAAGAGGAUGCCACAACGGAACUGUCAACGAAAUCACCGUGUACGAGGCUCGCGAUGAAUUAGCCAGGGCAAACAUGGCUCGCGUUCCGGCAGACGUGUGUUUUUCUUCGUGGUGAACCUCCGUCUUUCUCUGUCUCACCAGGCAGGGAUCCUCAACCUCGGGAGUGGUGAUAUUCACGCAAAAGAACGUGAAAGAGGAAUAAUGGUUCAAUCGAGAGGAAAGUAACAUCCUGCCGUCAUCCUGGCGCGUGGCAAACCAGGCCAAAGGCCUGGAUCCUCAUCCUCCUCGUCCUCGUCCACGGAGAGGUUGCAAAGGAUGCCAGGACCGGCUCAAGAGAGGCCUCGUGCUCAACGAUUAACCGACAUCGAGCCACCGACUGCAAAGGGAUUAGGAUGUAAUCGAACGGACGAUUUCAGUACACCGAUCAGUUCUGGCAGCAACAUGGGCAGUAUAGCACGCUUUCCAAAAUUGGACGAGUGUGCCCACUUUCAUUACGAACAUGUUGAACUCAGCUCCUUGGAGGUUUCGCUUAGCGAAGGCACCAAUGAUUCCGACAGCUACGCGGUCAGGGUGACAUCCGGGGACGCGUGCUGGACCCUCCAACGAUCUUACGAUAAUUUCGUAAUGUUUGAUAAGCAACUGCAUCGCUGCAUAUUCGACAGGAAGUUCUCUUCCUUGACCAAGCUUCCAGACAACCGGCCAAAAAACACCUGUGAUAUACUGAGGGAUUAUUUGAACAGGUUCUCGCAGUUGAAUCAUGAAGGCCUAAAUUGCGGCCCUGUAUUGAAUUGGCUGCAACUAGACAAUAGAGGAAGAAGAAUCCUCGUGCCAGAAUCGGAUUCGUGUCCCAUUAAUACACCUGCUGUAGCUGCAGCUUACGCAGUUCGACCUUAUGCGGCUCAGGCACCGGAUGAAAUCUCCUUUCAGGUUGGAGAUAUGAUUUCUGUAAUAGACAUGCCACCACCAGGGGAAAGCACGUGGUGGCGUGGAAAACACGGAUUCGCGGUUGGUUUCUUUCCAGCCGAAUGCGUGGCCGUAAUCGGUGACAAAGUUCCACGCCAUUUGACCGUGUCGACGACAGUCAGAUCCAAGUUACCCGUGAAGCCAGUGCUCAGGAAACACGGGAAGCUAAUCGCUUUUUUCAGAUCGUUCAUAUUGAAUAGACCGUCUAGGAGACGGCUGAAACAGUCGGGGAUACUGAAGGAACGGGUGUUUGGUUGUGAUUUAGGGGAACAUCUAUUGAACUCCGGACAAGAUGUGCCUACUGUAUUAACGUGUUGCGCCGAAUUCAUUGAGAAUCAUGGCUUGGUCGACGGAAUAUACCGUCUGAGCGGUGUCACAUCGAACAUUCAAAGACUACGAAACGCCUUCGACGAGGAUCGUGUUCCCGCCUUGCAUUCCGACGAAAGUAUUCUGCAAGACAUCCAUUCGGUCGCUUCGUUGUUGAAAAUGUACUUCAGGGAAUUGCCGAAUCCCCUCUGUACGUACCAGCUAUAUUCCACGUUCGUUAGCGCGGUCCAAGCCAGCACCGACGCCGAGAGAUUGAGGCGAAUGAGGGAAACGGUUAGAAAAUUACCACCACCGCAUUACAGAACAUUGGAGUAUCUGAUGCGCCAUUUGGUGAGAGUCGCUGCAAGAGGCGCGGAGACCGGUAUGACUCCACGUAAUGUGGCGAUCGUGUGGGCUCCGAAUCUGCUAAGAUGCAAGGAGCUAGAAGUUGGGGGCGUAGCAGCUUUGCAGGGCGUCGGCGUGCAAGCUGUGGUCACUGAAUUCUUAGUAUGUUAUGCGGAAUUAAUUUUCGGGGAUGGUCCAGUCGGUCGGCCGAAAUCGUUGGCUAUUACCACGCCCGCCCGGUUGCUCAGUUUGGAGGAAGCUCGAAACAGAAGUCUGAGAGGCGAGCCUGAUUACAUAGAAGUGGGCGCUGGUCCAGCCGGGUUACCAUUACAUUACCAUACGGUCAUAGAAUUACCGCGAAAGAGAAACGGCUCGAAACGUUCGCCCUCGUUGAACUGGAGAGCUUUGUUCGGUAGAGGUGGCCUGGGUGCCAGGGGAAAAACAAGACAAGUUGGCACGCCACCUCAAGCAGAAACGGUGCCAAGUUCCUUAAACUCCUUACGACGAUUAAGACCAGUGAAAAGUGCGGAUAGUUUGGACGGUGAGGACAGUUUAGGUCCUCUUCUAGGACCACCGCCAGCUAGACCCUGUGGACACAGUCGAUCAGUUUCGCAUGAUUCGUAUUUCGAUCAUCUAGCGGACGCGCCGAAUACCGCGUCGCCUUUGGAUCUGUCGGAGAUACAGCUUAACUUUGACCUGGAGGAACGAGAAAUGCGAAUGUUCUCGGAAGAGGAGAGCGGCGGAGUGGCGUCGGUCGAAGCGUCGCCGCGACGACAACGAACGGAAGGAACGCAGAGUGUUGCUGCUACCGGUGGAUCCAAGAGGAAGAGAUCGCGAUUGGAAGAAAGACUACAGUGCGAUGUUGAAUUACGCUUCAUCGAUAGCCAAAGUCCUGAUCAGGUGAUGGUAUCCGCGGAUGUGCACAGUAUGGAUACUCCAUCCCCAUUACCGACACCAGGAUACCUUCCAUUAUUAUCUGAAGCCUCGACACCGCUCACCCCAGCCACACUACAUGGAACACCUCACUCCGCGUCGCCUGUUCCGGCUAAUAGUCCUAGGAUAAGUUUUCGAAGUUUCACUUUACCGUUAGAGAUCGACGACGAUCAAAGCAACGCGAAUAAAUUGAACAGAACUAGCGUGUCUUCCGAUAAAUCAUCCGACCCUAGUCAUAGGUUAUCCGUAAACAUAGAUGGUCAGAGUAACGUGAAAUCUUGCGAGAGGAUAAUGUCGUACGACAAACGCGUAGAUUUGUACGACGACAAAGAGUCUUCCAAGACUCAACAGACUUCAAAUGAAUCGAAUCUGGUGAUGUCGGACGUGAUCGACCAAGAGAUGACGCCUUGCGACAGGUUAACGUCUCGUCCCGACGAAAUGAACUCUAGUAAAAUAACGUCUCCCUGUAAGGAUAUUGGGAAUAGAUCGAACUCGUGUCCCGUCGACGAAAACAAGUCUCAUAGCGAUACUCUGGACGUACGAAAGCACGAAGGUUCAACGAACAAGUCGAUCGAUUCUCAGAACGACGAUGCCAUGGCUGGCAGUUCGAACGCGCUUCGAAACGAACUGACGGAUCUCGAUUCUCCGAUGUCGUGCGAGCAGACCAUCGAGGAUCUACCCGACUCCGGUUUCGUCAUUUGCGACAGUUCGGACAAGAUGUUCACCAACACGGAAACUCCUCAGCUCGCGUCGAACACCAACGAUUCCGGUGAAUGGGUGAUCGUCGAGGGUACCGACUCGAUCACGACUCCUAACAGCGAAUCGAGUAGUCCCAAAGAUCCUCUAGAAGGUACCGUGAAUCCCGCAAUCGCAACAGACCCGCCACAGUUGAGGUCCAUGUCGGAGAACGUCUCCAGAACCUCGUUAGAUCUGACUAUGGGCUCUACCGCCGACACCGAUACAUCAUGCAUCGGCGUCAGCGAUUUGACUGAGAGUCCUGUCUUGCCUCAGGAAUCCGGAGAGAUGUCGUUCGAUGUCGCCGACAACAGAGAAAUCGAAGAACACGAAAACACCGCGCAAUCUACUUUCGAAAGCGAAACGAGCUUCGGCAUGGUCGAUUCUGGAAACAACUUUUGCUCAGCCGUACACGAUCAGGAUAACGGGAACCAGAAAACUAGUGAAAUGGAGCACGAAGGCAGCGUAUGCUACUCGCAACUGGACAAUACGAAAACGUUCAAUGAAAACUCGAAGAAAGAGGGUCUCAGGCAUGAAGAAGAAGAGGAAGAAGUCUUCGAAAAUUCUCAACGUUCCACGAGAAGCUUGGAUUACCAACAGAAAGGUAUUCGACGUUCGCUGCAGCUACGCCAGAAGCAGUUCCAGGUUGCCGAUCGUCGCUCGUUCUCCAGUCAAUCCACUAAGAACCAAGACCUCGAUCUCCCUCUCUCCGACAGCAGCAAGCCACGCUGUCAGAAUCAAAAGCCAGACAAGUGCCAAAGCUUCGAGUACGUCUCGCAGAAGGAGUCUGCUCAGAACAGUCAACAGAAACAGUUUACCUCGCGCACCGAUAAGUCGUCGAAAUGUAACAACCUGAAGAACAACCAGCUACGAGAGGAUAUCGAGGUGGUGAUACCGUCGGAAAACGCGGCAGAGGCGAGCGAGAUAGCUCAUCCUCCCGAAGGUGCGUCCGAACCAACGUCAUUGAAUUCGUCGUGCACCUUCUCGAACGCGUCUUCCCCGGUCGACGAUUCCAUGGUCCUCCGAGAUACGGCCGCCAUACUACAAGAACUGGCUUUGCAGAGAUUGUCGGGUGGCAUGGUCGGCGAUUUGUCCGUUCCUCCGAGGAAGAGGUACGAGACGGAGAGUAACAAGGAUCGGAGAAGCUUCGAUUCGGAAAUAGGCAGAGAGAUAGUUCGUGAGAGAAAAAUGAGACAAGAAUUGGACUCCGCACGAGGAAAGUCUGAAGAACCGCCCGUGAAUAAUACUCAACAUUUGCCCCCAUGCCUGAGGGCCCGUCACGCGAGGGCGACUCGAGCGUCGCUCAGCCGAUCUCUGGACGAAGCCAAGUUCAACAAGAUGACGGAGGAAGCUUGUCUGCCCGUGAAACAAACGAUGGACGAGGCGCAGCACAGCUCCACGCCCAAUGUCGGGACCGGUUCGAACAGCUCCUCGGGCACUGCGGAUAAAAGUCAUCUGAAGAAUUUGGGUGGUUUGGACCUGGGCGACCCCCAAUGCAGAGAACGAAUUGAAAAGUACAAAGAGGAGAGAAGGACGUUCUUGAGGGACAAAUACAGGUCGGAAAGCUUUCGAGGAAUGUUGUCGAAGACAGAGGACGACGGGGAACAGGCACUUUUAGCUAGGUUAAAACAGAGAACCUCUAGACCCUCUCUGCAUUGAUAUUAAUGUAAUGCCCGUGAAAUGUUCUCAGCGUCGACUCUUGCCGACACGAUUUUAAUUGCCUCAAAUCAGAAAUUAUUUGUUACGAUUCCAACGAGAACCGCUCGUUCUAUCGACCGUGUUACGUAUGUGCGUUUAACCCUUUGCUCUCAGAUUAUACAUCUGUGUUUGAGGUAUAGAGUAAUGGCACCGAAUACGAGACUCUUUUUGCGAUAGAUCUAACAUCUGGCAUUGAAAAGAAAAAAUAAUUCAAGCUCUUUUGAAAUUUUGAAACUUGAGACUUCGUUAUUUUGAGAGUG